AUGAACAGAAGGAAUGAAACAAAUGUGUCUGACUUUAUCCUCCUGGGAUUGACAGACUCUAACGAAAUCCAGCUGGUCCUCUUUAAUCUCUUUCUUCUGAUAUACCUGGUUACUGUGCUGGGGAAUGCAGGGAUGAUACUGAUCAUUCGCCUGGAUCUCCAGCUGCACACCCCCAUGUAUUUUUUCCUCAGCCACUUGUCAUUUCUUGAUCUCAGUUAUUCAACGGUCAUUACUCCUAAAACUUUAGAGAACUUAUUGACUUCCACCAAACAUAUUUCAUUUGGUGGUUGCUUUAGCCAGAUGUAUUUUUUUAUCUUCAUGGCUGGCAUUGAAUGUUUUCUUCUCUCAUCAAUGGCCUAUGAUCGCUAUGUAGCUAUCUGCAAACCUCUACAAUACCCAGUUAUUAUGUCCACUGCGCUCUGUUGCUCCCUCAUCACUGCAUCCUGCAUGAUUGGCUUUAUUGAUUCCACUGCCACUGUGCUUGGUAUGAGCACCUUGCAUUUCUGUAAAUCCAAUGUAAUCCACCACUUUUUCUGUGACACAGCCCCAGUAUUAGCCCUCUCAUGCACUGACACACGUAAUGUUGAGAUCAUAGUAUUCGUUCUUGCUGGAUCCACUUUAGUGGCAUCUCUCAUCAUAGUCUCUGUGUCCUAUGUGUCCGUUCUCUCUGCUAUCCUGAAAAUCAAUUCUACAUCAGGAAAGAGAAAAGCCUUCUCUACCUGUGCCUCCCACCUCCUAGGAGUCACCAUCUUUUAUGCUUCCAUGAUUUUCACUUACUUAAAGCCUAGUAGGUCUUACUCCUUGGGCAAAGACCAAGUGGCCUCAGUUUUUUAUACUAUUGUGAUCCCCAUGCUGAAUCCACUCAUUUAUAGUCUUAGGAAUAAAGAAGUGAAAAAUGCUUUCCUUAGAGUUAUGCAGAAGAGAGGGAUCACCAGGAAUUUCAGAUGA